ACUUGAUUAACUUCCAGUGAUUUCAGUUUCACGUUGUUCAUGUUUAUUGUCCAAUUUAUUGUGUCAAUGAUGUUAAAAACUUGAAGAAAUAAAAGAUGAUAAGGAAAAUGUUCGUUCAAAGAUGCCUUAUUUAUGGAGUGAAAAAUCUGAGGCGACAGGUAUCAACCAAAGAGAUUCCAACCCUGACUGUUCCAAAGAAGAUGGCUAGAAACAUUGAGAAAGUGAAACUGAGGAAAAUUAUUCAAGAAGAAAGUUUAAAACAACAGCGAAAAGGUGCUUUGGUGAUCAGUUGCAAAAAUAAGGAAUACAACUUUUAUUCCAGUGGAAAAUUUGAUGAGAAUGAUCCUAAAGCGCUAGCAUCCCAUGGUUGGAAGCACCGUAAAUCUUAUAUAGCGAGAGACUUCUUCACCAUCAAUGCUGUGUCAACUAAUCCAGCCCUGUUGCGAAGUACAGAGCAAUGUGGAUUUGCUGACCUGGAUAUUAGCGAAGAGUUAUGUCGGAGGCUGUCUACUGCUGGGAUUGAGGUGCCUACUGAUAUUCAGAAACAGACAAUACCAGCUGUGCUUUCUGGAGACAAUGUGUUGUGUGCAGCCCAAACAGGUAGUGGGAAAACUUUGGCUUAUUUGCUGCCAAUCAUAGAGAACCUGGUACGACAGAAGACACACAACCCCAACGAGACAGACAAUGCCCCACGGGCUGUUAUACUGGUUCCUGCCAAAGAACUGGUUCACCAGCUGAUGGAAGUAUGUACAAUGUUUGAGGAUCUGCUGGUGUUCAGAACUCUGGCUGGAGGACAACAUAUCAGUGCCAAGGUAACAUACAUGAAAAGCGAGCCAAUCGAUGUAUUCAUAGCAACGCCCGGAGCCUUCAAAAAAUUUCUCACAUAUGGUAGGAUCAAACACUCCCAGUUACAGCACUUUGUGUUGGAUGAGGCGGAUACCUUAUUGGAUGACAGCUUCUUCCACGAAGUCCGAUCUAUUCUCACAAACAUGCUUAUACAUGGAGGAGUGGGUGUCCAGGGACAGGGGUCUACAGGGGUACAGCUCAGUCUGGUCAGCGCCACCAUGCCCAGGGACCUACAGAAAAACAUCGGAUCCUUGAUAUCAAUGGAGAGCAUCACAAAGAUAACGUCCAGGUGCCUACAUUCAGUCUUGCCUCACAUCACUCAGAUGUUUAUCCGAGUCAAGAAAUCCAACAAACCAGCUGAACUUUUGAAGAUUGUGAGAAAGAAUGCGGCGAGCAGUGUCCCCACCAUGGUGUUCUGUAACCAGGCGGCCACCAGCUACUUUGUGAUGAAAUUCCUGGAGGAGAACAAUAUACCCAGCACAAUAUUUAACGCCCAGAUCAGGCCACAGUUCAGAGAAGGGAAGUUUAAUGACUUUCAAACAGAGAAAUCAGAUGUCAUUGUGUGUACAGAUAUCGCCUCGAGAGGUCUGGACACCAUCAGAGCCCGCCAUAUAGUGAACUACGAUUUCCCUGACUUUGUGUCCGACUACAUUCACCGUUGUGGACGCGUUGGUCGUAUCGGGUCACAUGGUCAUGGUACGGUAACCAGCUUUAUCUCCGAAAACUGGGAAGUGGAGCUACUCUGGCAAAUAGAGACCGCCGUAAGAAAACGCCAACCUUUCCACAACGUGAACGCCAACAUCAAGAGAAAGCUGAGGGGGGUAGAGGACUAGUGGUUAGGACCACACGCCACACCCCCACCCUCUGUUACUUGGAAAAAGUCAUGUUUGAUGUGUGUCUGUGACAGAAACAAUGCCUUUUGGAUAUGUUUUCAAAAGAACAUUGAAAAUGAUAGGAAAUUCUAAGGUGAAUGUGUUUGGUAUGAUGCAACAACAUCUCCGUUUUGUGACUCUCUAAUUCUUGUUGGCCAAAGGUCCUCGUUCUACCAUCACCUGUCGGUGACAUCCGUGCAUUUGAUGGGUCCUGCUAUUCUUCAAAUGCUUUCACACCAAACACAGAAGACAGGCCCAGCACGGUGCCAAAAUCAGAGCGUUAAAUCGAAGAAAAAUGACGGUAUCCAACCACUUAGCGAGUAAAUACGUCAAGACAAUAGCUGUGAAAAUGGAAGUCUAUUGUAAUCUACUCAACAGAUGAGAGCCG